AUGCAGCAAUUAAGAAGUAGUGGGGGCUUGCUUUUUGGUUCCCAUUUGAAGAGGAAAGCUCUUAAUUCAUGGACUGCUAUGCAGGAUACUUAUUUCUCUACCAAGGAUACAUUUGAGAGGCAUAAGGUGGUAUUUACUAUUGGAACAUCUGUAGCAUCAGUUGCUACAGCUUGGGCUGGGUAUUCUUUACGGCAUCUCCGUGAUUCAAAAGUUGAUCAAAGGCUUGAAGCAAUUGAAAAUGCUAUGAAGAACAACUAUCAUCUUGAACAUGCUGAAUUUAAAAAGCUUGUUGAUCCAGAACGUUCCAGUGUUGCUGCCUGCAUUGCUACGGCUGGGACAACAUUUGUCAUUGGCUAUGGCCUUGGUUGGCGAGGUGGAAGGUGGUAUGCAAGUAAGAAGUUCAGGAAGGAGCAGAUGAAAUUGUCAGGGCAGAUAAAACCUAAAAGAUGGCAGCUGCUACGACAAAUAAAACCUAGAGGAUGGCAAUUCCAAUUUCUCAAAAAAAGAUUAGCAAGAUCCAGAGCUCAUGAAAAUGCAGCUAAAACAUCUGAAAAGAUGCUGAAGGAUGGCCCUACCACACGAUAUCAGGCCGUCCUAUCUGAUUCCGUGAUGCAAUCUGUUGACCAUGAUAAUGCUUUGGAAGAUUUCUAUAAAUUGAUUGGAAUGUCAGGUACUUCGAGCAGGAUACAGGGCAUCGUGUCUGAAUUGGCAUCACCUCCGUCAGCUGAUGAUGGUAUUUGCAAGAAAAUGGUGGAGAAAUAUGGCUAUGCUUGUGAAGAACAUACAGUAACAACAAAAGAUGGAUUUAUUCUUGGUCUACAGAGAAUUCCAAAGGGGCGAUCCAGUGGGACUCCAGGAAAGAAGCCACCAGUUCUGUUGCAGCAUGGGCUACUAACGGAUGCAAUAAUAUGGGUGUUGUUAUCCCCAGAGAAAUCUUUGGCAUUCAUCUUGGCAGAUAAUGGGUUUGAUGUAUGGCUCGCCAACACGCGUGGAACCAAAUCUAGCAGGGGGCACACAUCACUUAGUCCUGAAGACCCGGAUUUCUGGGAUUGGUCGUGGGAUGAAUUGGCAGCUUAUGAUCUUCCUGCUGUAGUCCAGUACGUGCACGAUCAAACUAGACAGAAUGUGCACUUUGUUGGCCAUUCCCUGGGAACUAUUAUUGCUCUGGCUGCCCUUUCGAAGGAUCAAUCACUGGAUAUGCUGAGAUCAGCGGCUCUAUUUUGCCCCACUGCCUAUUUGGGUCAGAUGACUUCUCCUGUUGCAAAAGUUGCUGCUGACAUCUUCACUGCCAAUGCACCAUACUGGUUGAAUCUUGCAGAAUUUGAGCCAACAGGGAUUCCUGCUUUAAAACUUCUUAAUCAAAUCUGCAAAGCACCAGGAGUAAACUGCAGCGACUUGCUCUCCUCUUUCACAGGUCCCAACUGCUGCUUGGACACUUCCAGGCUAGGUGCUUUAUUAGACCACGGGCCUCAGUCAACAGCAACCAAGAACUUGCUCCAUGUGGCUCAGAUGGUAAAAGAAGGAACCAUAACAAUGUAUGACUACAGCAACGGGGAUGAAAACAAGAAACACUACGGGCAGCCUACGCCACCAGUGUAUGACAUGGCAGACAUUCCGAAAGAUUUUCCCCUCUUCCUUGGUCAUGGAGGGGCAGAUGCUCUUUCCGAUGUCCAAGAUGUUAAACUCUUGCUGGAUAGCCUAAAAGAUCAUGCUAAAGAUAAGCUUGUGGUUCUGUUCAUUAAAAAUUAUGCUCAUUCAGAUUUCGUUGCGGGUGAAAAUGCUAAGCAGGUUGCAUACGAUCCUCUCAUAGCUUUCUUAAAGGCUCAAUGA